AUGUACGAGCUCAACAGCGAUACAGUUAGUACCCCAUCUAGGAGCCUCCGGCAAUUUGUUUCUUACUUUCAACUAGGAGAAAGGCAAAAACGGCAUCUGCAAACUCUUGAGGCUCUCUUAGCUCCUCAAACCCCACAGAAUGAAGACCACAUCCUCUUGCCAAAUAGCCAAGAAGGGAAUGAUCUAGCCGAUCGCUUGUUCCAACGUACAGCAGGAUACAGCAGCACAAGUUUCACUACACCACCGAGCAGGCUUUCUGGACUUAGUCUGAGAACGGCUCAAGAUGAUCCCAUGAAAGCCUUGGCAUUCAUUGUCGACCACUUGGGUGAGAUUGACGAAAGUACAAGUGCGCGAAUCGGAUCUGGUCAAGUCACCAUUCGAGAUAUCCUCCAAGCCGGAUUGAGUUCAUUAUAUUUGCCAUCCGGGGAAUCAUCAACAGAAAACUGCGCUAAAGACAAUGACCAACCAUCUCCUGCCUUGUGCACCGACAGAAUCCUCAUCACUAAAAAUAGAAAGCUGGUUCAUUCACACUCGCUGCCUUCUGUUUACACCAAUAACUUACGACUCAAACAAUUCUCUACCUUUGCCGCCAUUCGAGCAAAUGCUGAGUUGUUUUUUGGCCUCACAUUUGAAGAACUCACAAACCCUGCAACUGGGUCACCCUUCUACAAUGCGGCACUUGGGAAAGAUGGCACAAAAUCGGUUUCUCCUAAGUUGCUGGAGUCAAUGCCACAUCUCAAACCUAUAGAUAUCCAGUUCACACAUCCCCAUCACGCCUACAUCGACCUAAUUCCGUGUCCCAAAUUUCGUCAACGAUUCAUCCAACUCGCCACUAUGGAUCCUCCAAUGAUCAGCAUGCACGAAUUCUGCGUUGAUCUUGAGAACGAGGGACUCAUUUGCUGGGCGUCGCAUAUAGGAGAUAGUAAUGAAGUGAGUGGGUCAGGUGCACCGUGGGAUAUACGAAGCUGGGAAGCUCAGCCGUGGUUUUUAAAAAAAUGGUGGUUUGUCUUGGGAGGGGAAGAGGGUGGAUUUUUUCAGCAGAGUAGGUGGUGGCAUGAAGUUAGAGGGGAUCAUUUGCCGAGUUUUUGGCGACGCAAGUAG